GGGCGAGCGGGUCCGGGGGAGGGGAGGCAGUGGGAGCCGCCUGGGGAGUCCAGGGCAGCAGCGGGCAGCAGGCACGCUGGAGGCGCUGCGGCGCCACUCGCGGCAGAUCGCCGCGCGUCGCGAGCGCCGCGUGCAGUUCACGGAGCGGACGCGGGAUGGCGCGCGCGGCGGCUCCGGCGCCGAGAGCGGCAACUCGGAGAUGUCGGGCGGCAGCGGCGGCGGCGGCGGCGACGCGCGGCGCCCCUCCACCUGCCGCGUGGAGCUGGGCGCGCUGCUGGCGCCGGAGCCGCGCCCGCUCGACAACAAGGUCAAGCGGCACAGCAUUCAUGGCAUGACGGAGGAGGAGAACGUGGUGCGGCCGCACCAGGAGAUGGCCGUGCUGUCGCUGGAGGAGAAGAAGUACCUGCUGGGCGUGGAGCGCGGCGACGUGGCGGGCACGCGGCGCGUGCUGCAGCGCGCGCGCGACACCGCGCACAUCAACGUGGACUGCGUGGACCCGCUGGGCCGCAGCGCGCUGCUCAUGGCCAUCGACAACGAGAACCUCGAGAUGGUGGAGCUGCUGCUGGAGUUCGGCGUGGAGACCCGCGACGCGCUGCUGCACGCCAUCUCCGAGGAGUUCGUGGAGGCCGUCGAAGCGCUGCUCGACCACGAGGAGCGCACCCGCAAGCCUGGCGAGCCCAACAGCUGGGAGGCGCUGCCGCCGGAGACGGCGACGUUCACGGCGGACAUCUCGCCGCUGAUCCUGGCGGCGCACCGCGACAGCUACGAGAUCAUCAAGCUGCUGCUGGACCGCGGCGCGGCGCUGCCCGUGCCGCACGACGUGCGCUGCGGCUGCGACGAGUGCGUGCGCUCGCGCCGGGAGGACUCGCUGCGCCACUCGCGGUCCCGCAUCAACGCCUACCGCGCACUCGCCUCGCCCUCGCUCAUCGCUCUCUCUUCCAAAGACCCAAUUCUAACGGCGUUCGAGCUUUCUUGGGAAUUGCGACGACUUUCUGCCCUCGAACAUGAGUUUAAGACUGAGUACCAAGAGCUGCGCGCGCAGUGCCAGGAGUUCGCCACAGCGCUGCUGGACCACACGCGCACCUCGCACGAGCUGCAGGUGCUGCUCAACCACGAGACGGGGUCGCCGCAGGUGCCCCUGCCCGAGCCCGGAGCACCCGAAAGGAUGCGCCUGUCUAGACUCAAACUUGCUAUUAAAUUAAGGCAAAAAAAGUUCGUGGCGCACCCGAACGUGCAGCAGCUGCUGGCGUCGAUCUGGUACGAGAGCGUGCCGGGCUUCCGGCGCAAGAACAUGCUGCUGCAGGCGGCGGAGAUGGUGCGCAUCGGCGCCAUGUUCCCUCUGUACUCGCUGGCGUACAUCGUGGCGCCGCACUCCGCCGCCGGCCGCACGCUGCGGAAGCCAUUCAUCAAGUUCCUGUGCCACUCCGCCAGCUACUUCAUGUUCCUAUUUCUGCUGAUUCUGGCGUCGCAGCGCAUCGAGACUGCAGCGGGAGGCCUGCUGUGGGGCGCAGCGCCUCACGGCGAGCCACUGUCGCGUCGCGGCGCUCCGCCCUCGCUUGUCGAGUGGCUCAUCCUAGCCUGGGUCAGCGGUCUGAUCUGGAGCGAGGUGAAGCAGCUGUGGGACAUGGGGCUGCGCGAGUAUGUGCACGACAUGUGGAACGUGAUAGACUUCGUCACCAACUCGCUAUACGUCGCCACUGUCGCGCUGCGGAUCGUCUCACAUUUUCAGGUGCGCCGAGAGAUGUCAGCCGGUAUGCAGUGGAACCAGCCGCGCGAGAAGUGGGACGCUUGGGACCCGAUGCUGCUGUCCGAGGGGCUGUUCUCCGCCGCCAACAUCUUCAGCAGCCUCAAGCUGGUGUACAUCUUCAGCGUCAACCCGCACCUGGGGCCACUGCAAGUGUCUCUGAGCCGCAUGGUGCUCGACAUCCUCAAGUUUUUCGUGCUGGACAUACUGGUGAUCUUUGCCUUCUCGUGUGGUCUGAACCAGCUGCUGUGGUACUACGCGGACAUGGAGAAGAAGCGCUGCACCACGGGCACCUCGCUCACCGCCAACGGCACCUUCCCCGACCCCGACGCCUGCAUCGUGUGGCGACGAUUUGCUAACUUGUUCGAGACGAUGCAGACGCUGUUCUGGGCAGCGUUCGGGCUGGUGGACCUGGACUCGUUCGAGCUGGACGGCAUUAAGAUCUUCACGCGCUUCUGGGGCAUGCUGAUGUUUGGCACGUACGCCGUCAUCAACGUCAUCGUGCUGCUCAACCUGCUCAUCGCUAUGAUGAACCACUCCUAUCAACUCAUUUCUGAGCGUGCGGACGUGGAGUGGAAGUUCGCACGCAGCAAGCUGUGGAUCAGCUACUUCGAGGAGGGCGGCACGGCGCCUCCGCCCUUCAACGUGAUCCCGUCGCCCAAGUCCGCGCUGUACGCGUGGCGCUGGCUGCAGCGGCGCCUGUGCGGGCACGCGCGCGCCAAGCGCGAGCACAUGCGGACCAUACGAAGAAAAGCAAAACAAGCAAAUGAAAGAGACUUCCGCUAUCAGGCUAUAAUGCGCAACCUGGUGCGGCGCUACGUGACCGUGCAGCAGCGGCGCGCGGAGUGCGGCGGCGUCACCGAGGACGACGUCAACGAGAUCAAGCAGGACGUCAGCGCCUUCCGCUGCGAGCUCGUCGAGAUCCUGCGCAACUCCGGCAUGAACACCUCCACCGUCAACGCCGGGGCACCAGGAGGCGGUGGCGGCAAAAAGAAUAGGCAGAAGGAGCGUCGCCUAAUGAAAGGCUUCAACAUCGCGCCGGGCGGGUCCCUGGCGCCGGUGGACGAGUUCCUGGCGUCCCUGCACCACGAGCACGGCGGGUCGCACGGCGCGGCGCACCACGCGUCGCUGUCGGCGCUGCUGGGCGGCCGCCUGCGCACCAGCCAGUCCAGCCUGUCGGACGGCGGCGCCGGCGCCGGCCUGGCCGCCUCGCGCCGCAAGCCCGCGUCGCACAAGCGCCGCUGGGGCACCAUCAUCGAGGCCGCGCGCGCCGCCCGCGUCUCGCGCCUCAUCGGCCGCUCCAGGUCAGAGGACUCCGUCUGCGAUCAUGCACGACAGUCGCCCAGUGGUAGCGAGCGUUCCGACUCCGGCAGUGAUUCCCAGCGUAGCCCGGAGCGCACCACCCGCAGCGGUCCACUCCACCCGCUGUCAGCGCUGGCGGCGCUCAAACGCAAGCGGAAGAAGUUCUCCGACUCGCGACGCGCCGGGGCCGAGGCGCGCGCGGCGGCCGGGCCCGAGGCGCUGCAGCGCGCCAGCUCCGUGCCGGCGCGGCCGCCGCCGCCCCGCCGCCCCGCGCCGCCGCCCGCCUCCGUGUCGCCGUCCACCACGGCGGAGAGCGUGGCGGGCGCGGCGGCAGCGGAGCCGCUGCUGGCCAGCCUGGACGACGACGCGCACAAGGUGGGCUGGCACGAGGCGGGCGGGCGCGCGCGCGGCGCGGCGCCGGCUGAGCCGCGUGUGCUGGGUCCGCAGGAGGCGUGCGGGCGCUGCGGGUUCGAGGCGGGCGCGGCGGCGCCGGAGGAGGAGGGCGCGCCGUGCGGGCGCUGCGCGGCGCUGGCGCGGCUGGCGGGCGUCACGCCGCUGCACGGCCACGCGCCGCACCACUCGGCGGGCUGGCUGUAACACCGGCUGCACUCAGCCCUCUGAUCGUCCGUUCCAGCGCAGCUCGAGUGCUUUCGGCUGCCGCAGCACAAUUCCUCGCUAGUCGCACUUCGCUGUAGCUACAUAUAGUUAAAUGAGAGACGCAAGUUAGUUAAGUUGAUCAUUCGUGUUGAUGACCAAGAGCAUCAAAUAGUAGCAUGCACUCAAUAAUUGUCGCAGUGUAUUUAUACAUCGUGAUCGAAUCUUAAAUUAACCUGGCUGAUCACUUGACAAGCGAUGUCUACGAGCUACAGACAAUUUUUCAAUGUACCUCAUAGGCAGUACACAUGGUAGAUACCUAUUACAAACAAAAAUUAUUCAGUUUCUUUUUCGUCUGAGGGGGCUGCUGCAAUGCAAUCAUCGACUUAAAUUCAUCGGCUUGCUUACGUACCUACGUAGGCAGGUAACCUAGCUUAGAAGAUUGUACAGAUCCGCAUCUGAAGGUCUAGGGAUUGCAACAAAAUGAGAAUAGUUGGUACGUCCUCCUCGCAAAACUAAAAGGAUUCUGAGGUCUCAAUAAAGACUGAAUAAAAUGAGCGUGGUAUGACGAAGUGGAAUAUGAAACGAUCACGAUGAUCAUGAAGUUAUAAGUACACUGCGAUUUUUCUAUUCAUAUAUCUACUUAGUAAAUACUAAUACAUAAAUACUAUGUAUCCGUCACCGCCAACUGGUGAAAAUAGCCAUUCAAUCAAAAUAGGUAGUCCUUUGAUUGAGCAACAACGCCGUUCAUUAAACGCAUCAGUGGUCAGUCUAUAGCGUCAGGGGCGCCGAGACUAUGACACGGCGACAGAGCGACAGAUUGUUCCGUGAAAAUGUAUGAAAUCGAAUAAUGAAAAUGAUAAUAAAAAAUAAAAUAACCUGUCCCGUCAGUGAUCUAUCAUCACUGACAGGACUAUUGCAGCCAAUACGCCUGAUAUAGUGGUGAUAGAUCGAUUAGCGCGCCGCGCGAUGAUAGUCGAUGUCACCGUCCCGCAUGACGAGAACCUCGUGAAAGCUGAGAAAGAGAAACAAAUAAAAUAUCUUGACUUAGCGCACGAGGUUGUCGCCAUGUGGAAUGUCGACACGGCUGUUAUUGUGCCGAUUGUCAUUACGGCCAAUGGUCUAAUAGCCAAGAGCCUCGACCAAAACCUCAGGAGGCUCUCGUUAAGCGGCUGGAUCAAGGGAUUGAUUCAGAAGGCAGUACUCCUUGAUACGGCGCGUAUUGUGAGGAGGUUUCUGUCUCUGGGACCCUAACCACCGGUACCUUGGACCCUGUGCCCGAUAUCGGUGGCCAUCUAUUUUUUAUAUUUUUAAAUGUUUUUUUAUUUAUUUUUUAUAAUCUAAUAUUUAAAAAUAUAAAUAAUAUGUUGAAAGUUAAAUAAAUGCACUAAAAUAAAAAAUAUGAAGCUGCAUCUGUGACGCUUAGUUGGAAAUGCCUUCUAGAGAUCGCGCCACUUCUGUGAUACGGCGGAAAAUUGUAGAACAACUUAUUUAUUUUGCAUGCAACCUCCGCGAAGUCAACGAAUCGUUUUUCUGGAUGGAUGUUUAUACGCACAUAAGUUUGAUUAAAUUGUUAUUUCCACCAGUUGGCUGCGACAACACUAUACAUUACCUAUUACCAUUACCUAGGGGAUAAAUCUUCCUAUAAUAUUAUAACGAAGACAUAUUUUAUCAAACACCAAUUAGUUAAGUAGCUACAAAAUAUUUUAAAAUACAAAUUAAGUAUUUAUAUUACAUUAAAGUAAGAAAUUAUUUUAUAUACGUUUUAAGAUAAACUUACAUAAUAUACUGACAGUGGGUUGACCUAAAAUACCGGUAUUUAUAUACGAUUUGUAUUGUUUCUCAGCCCCAUACUGUGUCAGACAAACGAAUUAGCACAAGAUAUACUGAUAUGAUACACAGGCAGCACAGUCUGUCCUGUGUCACAGGGCGCAGCUCACCGCACAACGACUGGCUCCUGUUCCGUCGUAGUCUAAGUUAACUAAUAGCCGGUACUUACUAAAUAUAAUCAUCAUGUGUUCCAGAAAGUUUCCACUAUACCUUACUCGGUCAGCGCACACGCAAUAUUCUUACUAUACUAAUUAAGGACGAACAAUAUGAAACAGGGAUUUUUAAAUGAAACAUGUUAUACUACUUACCUAAAUAUCCGAUGCCGGUAUGAAAUACCCCUGAAGUUUUAUAAGACACGUUAGAUUAAGUAGGAAGUAGAGGAAUAGUUGAUAAUGGACACGUGUCGCAAUAUUUAAUUGAUCCGAUGAGAUGCACACCGCUCGUCCGCCAGACGGGACGGUGCCUUCCGGGAGAUUUAGUUUUAUUACUUUGAGUAAAAAAGUGGAAUUAGAAAUGAUAAUAGACAAUGAGUCGUGAAUGCGAUGCUGCGAGUGUAGAUGUCUGUCAGGAUAUAGCACACAAAACGAGCGCCUCACUACUUGCCUGUUCAUUGUUGUAUGUACCACUUAACUUAUUUAUUGUAAGUGCCUAAGUAUCAGGAAUCCAGUUUCAGGGCCGACAGGAAUCUGCCGCAGCCCAAUACAAAUACAUAUCCCGUGAUAACAACAAGACAAAAAUAAGUUUACAGAUAUCCCAUUCGUUUAUACUGGUAACAAGGGAUAUCUGUUAACUCAAUCUUGACUGGAAUUCUGUUGACUUAUAUACUUUUGGUACACAAUUCAGAAACAAUUUACUAAUAGAUAUUCUACAAUGUCUCAUCACGUGAUCUAGAUUGCUGAAGUUAUUUUAUCGAAAAUAUGCAAAUCCCUCAUGAUGCAGCCUUUCCGUACAAAAAAUGUACUUGAUCAUGCCUUUUAUUAUUGAUAACAGGCCGUAGCCUGCGUGAGUAAAUGAGAAGGCUGCAAUGUGCAGGCAGGCGGGAGGCGGUGGAGUGCUCGGCGGCCGCGCCACACAUCGAGGCGCGGUCGCCGCGUGUGUCACUGUGUAUCUUAUAGUUGAGCGAGUGCUGGCCCCCCAGCACGACCAGAGGCCUUCACACGUGUUUAGUUGUUCGCCGCGGUCGGCCACCCGGCCGCGCCGGCGCAUAAUCGAUUAUAUUUUGUAAAGAAUUGUUAUUUAUUUAUACAUUAUAUUUGUAUAUAACGGUGCGAUGUUUAAUAAAAUAAGCACUAUUCA